ACCUGUCGAGUUACACGAGUACGUGAAGGUAAAGUCUCUCUUUUUCAAAAGGCUGCGACGGGUCCUGAUCCCUGUAUCUGCCAGAGCACCGCGUUCAGGCGUCCCUGUUAGUUACGUCUAGCAGAUUUUGUUGGACCAAUUUUAAGCUAAUAUCAGUCACGUCGAGGUGGCUCGUAAGCUUUCCCGGAAGCUCGCCACAGGAUGGACCAUGCCACCAGAACAUACGUCUACGUUGGUAUUGCCUUCGCAGCAGUCUCUGUUGGAGUUAUAGCACAUUCUACUGACGUUUCAGACUUGCGGAAUCACCCCUCGCCUUAUGCAAAUGUCACAAGGAGAAAUCGACAAGAUUCGAAUCAAGCAAGUGGGACUUGUCCAACUCCAGCGAAGCAACAUGUCUCAAGAGAUUAUGCGGAGACGCCAAUCAAUUGGCAAUUAGUAGAAACGACUCUGUCGUCCGAGAUAGAUCGAACGUUUGCGGGAGUCCGACUGCUGUUCUCUUGGUCGAGGGCCUGUUUCGUGGCAAGAUUUACGCCGUUUCUCCGUGAAAGACAUCGAAGACACGAUGCGUCGUCAAAGCCCUCAUUUGUUUGGCAUCUUGCAAGCGCUGGUCAAAGGGAAAGCCAACGAAAAUGCUGACAGCACACGCCUACAGGCUCUCAUCACCGGCACUGUGGCACUGAAGUUCUGAGAUCGCCAAAGCAGUGGGAUUGCACUCCUAACAGCCUACAUGCUUGUUUGCUCGCGGUACAGGAAAGCAAGCAAUUACAGACCUCAACCAUCUUGGUGUCUCGCAAUCAUAUCAACAGGUUUAGCGACGUCUAACUAAAGAACUUGGCGAAUGAUUACCAGGAUGUACAGCAGCUCACGAAAGAGACACACAUCUGGGUGUAUGACAAUCUGAAUUUGUAUUUAGAUUUAGAUCUGCUCUAGAUUUGUGAAGGUAGUCAAAUGUACGAAAUAUGUCCGU